AUGAAAUUUAUAAUAUUUGAAUAAUUAUCAUGCUUAGCUCACUUAACUCAUAAUAGUCAACCAUCUGAAUUUUCAAUUAUUAUGAAUGUCUUAAUUGUUAAUUUGUAAUAUCUUGCUUUAAUGCUUCCUUUAAAUGGAUGGCAUUUAAGGAAUUAUAUAGAUGGUCAUCUUUAUCUUUUAAAAUAAUUUGCAUAGGCAACUUUAAUUAUUCCAUAUGGCUUUGAAUCUUAAAUUGAUUUUGGUCCUUUUGCUUUAGCUAUGGUGAUUAUGUUGCUAAUUUCAUUUUUUGGAAUCAUUAUAAUAUUAGUUACAUUUGGAAUAUUUGAUAACUAAAAUCCAAAGGAUCAUUAUUCAUUAAGAAAAUUUAUCUUUCACUAUUUAUAAAUUUGUGUAACAACCUUAUAAUUACCUAUACUUUUUUUAUUUUUUGCAUUGAUUAUAAUUGGAUAAACAAAAAUAAAUUAACAUGAUACCAUUAUUAAUCUCAAAAGUAUUUUAGGAUUGAUUGGAAUAUUAAUCUUUUCUAUUUUUGUAUUUCUUUAUUAUUACUUUUUAAGAGCUUAUACUUUUAUGCCCUUUCAUUAUUUUUAAUAAAAAUACAAUCUACUCUAAAUUAUACAUUAUUUAUUUAAUAUACUAAAUGUCAUUUUAUAUAUUAUUGAUAAUGAUAUUUUGAUAGAAUAUGUAAAAAUAGCUGUUCUAUUUUUAUUAUUUAUAUUAAGACUAACUGAGUUAUAUUAUUUUAGACCAUAUAUACCAUACAUUAAUUAAUUGUUAUAUAUGUCCCAUAGUAGUUUACUUGUAAUACUAAUAAUAAUUAGUAUAAAUAUUUUGAUGGCCGAUAAACACAUUUUGCAUGAAGAUUAAUUACUUUACACAAUAUUAGUGUUUGGAAGUUUAUCAUACUAUUUUAGUAAAAUGCAUUAUGAGACUAAAUGUUUAUCCACUUUUGAUUUCGAAAUGAAUUCAUUUUCAUGUAUAUAUUAUACUUAAGAGAUGCAUUUCAAAUAUCUAUAGACAAUUGAAAAUUAAAAAUAAAAAGAAUUCUUUCAACUUUAUUUAUAUUGGAAAGCUCAUAAGGUUGUAUGUACUAGACAUUGGCUAAAGGAGACAUAUAAAACUGAAUAUAAUUAAAUUUAAAGAACUUAUUAAACAAUUUUUUGUAUUUUAAAUACUGAAUUAGAAAAAGCUCAAAUGGAUUAAAGAGUAUCUUAUGAAGAAUUAUUAUUGUUAUAUAUUAGUUAUGUUGCAUAAUUUUGCAAAAAACCACUUUUAGCAUAUACAGAAUUAAAAAGAUAUUAAAGUUAAAAGUAGAUUUAAUCUUAUUAUUUUAUUUGUAUUCGUUAUUAAAUGAGUAUUUAUUUAUAAGAUUUAAUAAAAAAUCAACAAUAAGAAAAUAAUUAAAUAUCUUUUUAAUUAGGAAAACAAAUAUAAUCUGAUAGAUAACUAAGCAUUCAUGAUGUAUUUGAAACAAUGAGAUUUUAAGAUCAAUUCAUUCCUUCCCUUAUUGAAAUAUUAAGUGAUAAAAUUAAUUUUUGGACUAAAUAAAUAAAAGGAUUUAAUUCAAUUUAUGAAGUUGAAAAAUUAGCCAUAGCUUAAAGUUAAAAAAUUCAUAAAUUAACAUCAUAAAUAAAAUAGUAUUGUUCAAUUGAUAUUAAUAAUUUAGAUCAUUAAUAAAUAAAUAAUAAUGUUUAAAAUUUAAAGUUAUUAUCAAUAUUUUGUAGUUCUAUAAUGAAUGACUAUUAUAGUUCAUAGAUAUGUGAAACUGCAAUUACUGAUGUUUAUAAUAUAGAACAUACAUUUUAAGAAGAUGCAAUUACUAAUUUAGCAUUUAUAUAAGAGAAGGCUGUCUUAAUAAUGAUUAGUCUAGUAAAAAAUAGAGGGAAGAUUAUAAAUAAAGAUAAGAAAUUAAUUUCAUAAUUUUUUGGCUAUACAGAGAAAGAAAUAUUUGAAAUUGAUAAUAUAUCAGGUUUAAUGCCUUAAUAUUUUGCUGAAUAACAUGAUAAAUUAUUAUUAAAUUAUUUACAAACUGCUAAAUCUGGAUUUUUUUUAAAUUUUAAUCAAGUAUUUGGAUUAAAAAAAGAAGGAUCUCUAAAUUCAUAUUAAUUAAAAUUAGAUAAUAAUUUUAGUGAAUUAGAUGAUUAUGUUUUAAUUGGUUGUUUAUCAGAAUUUAAAAAAACAAAUGAUUAUAUUCUUUUUAAUGAAGAAGGUUUUUUAAUUGGAAUGACAGAUAAUUUUUAUUAUACAAUUAUUAAUUCUGAUGAUUAGAAUUUUAAAAUUUCCAAAGAUAAUAUUGGUUAAAUAAACAUCUUUUUAAUAAUUUCUAAUAUAAUGGAUAUAUUAAAUGAAUUUAAAAACAAUUAUGGAAAAGAUGUUAUUAAUAAUUAAUAAGAUAGAUAUAUAAAGAUUUGGAAAUAUGUAAAUAAUAAAGAUUUAUUGGAAAAUUCUUAAAAGAUGUAAUAUUAUUCUUCAAAAUUGAAUUCUUGUUAUAAUGAAAAUAGUUUAUUAAAAUCAAGAACAUCAAAUAUUUCAUUAGAGAGAGAAAGAGCAGAAAUAUAAAUAUAUGAAUAAUUAGGAAGGAGUAAUGGAGAAAAGAAAAAAUAUAAAGGAACUUAGUUAUUAUAAUCUUUAUCAAUAUACAAUAUUUAACUAGGAAAUUAAUUAUAAAAUAUUAUUUAAGCAUUAGAAGUAAUAAUAUUUAGUAUUAUAGAUUAAAAAUAGAUCUCAUUUUAUGGCAAAAACUAAUAUUACUUAUAAAAUAUUAGGCAAAAAAACAUCCAAAAAAUGCUAUUUUAUUUUAGAAAUAAUUGAUCUAAAAAAAGCAGAUGAUUUGCUUAAGACAAACGAAUCAUUAAUUAAUAAUUAAUAUACAACUUCAAUUUAAACAACAAACAAACGUAUGUUGUCUUAGAUUUUUAUUUUUAGUUUUUUUAAAUUCAGAUUAAAACCAAAGUAAUCUUGAAAUAUUUAAAGUUGAUAAAGAAGAAGUUACUCCAAAUAUUUUAAAGCCAUCCUAACCAUUUUUGUAGAGACUUAUUAGUAAAUAUGAAAUAAAAUCAUAAUAAUAAUAUCUUGAUAUUUUAGGAAUGGAAUCUGCUAGAGAUAGUGUCAGUUAUGGACCAUUAUCAUAAAGAAUUAAUUUUAUUAGUCCAUCUUCUAAGUAAUAAUAAAUGUAAGAAUUAAUUGAUAAAGAUUUUACAGAUCUUCAAAAUCAAUUAGAAUAUAUAAAUUAAGAUAUUAACUAAGAUAAUGAAAUUCCAGACUCUUCACAAAUAAAGAGUAAUAGUAAAGAAUAAAAUUAAAAAAGUCAUAAUAUCAUUGAAAUUUAUCAAAAUAAUAAGUUAAAUUAAAAAAUAGAGGAUAUGGAUAGAGAUGUCAAAAAGUCAAAAUCUAGUAUUACAUCUGGAACUUCUGGUAUAUCAGCUAUAUCAACUAUUAAAUAGUUUCAGUCUAAUACUUAAAUGACAGAUAGUCUUAAAAAACUAGCUAUUAUUAAUAUUAUAAUAAUGAUAAUAAUUAUAGGUUAUAUUAUGGCUCAUUUGAUAAAAUUAUAGACUUAUACAAAUUAAACUUAAUAAACUUUAGCUAAUAUCAAUGGACCUACUUUAUUUAAUCGUUAUUUUUUUAAAAUCUUCACUUAUACUUGGAGUCUAGUAUUUAAUACACUUGAUAUUAUAGAAAGUAGUAAUUUUAUAAUAAAAUCUACGAUCUCUGAAAUGCAUGAAUUAUCUAAAAUAGUAUUUAUUGAUUUAAGCAGAAUGUAUGAUAUUUUUAUAGGGAUUGAGGAAUCAGGAAUGUUAAGUUAUAUUAACUUAGAUUUUCUAUAUUAAUCAAAUGAAAAUGUAACUUAUACAUAUUUUAUUAAUUUAAUAUCUGCUGUUUCAGAUACAUUAUUUGAAGCUCUUAAAUAUGAUGUUACUACACUUAUUCAAAUAAUUGAUAGAAAUUAUUUAGAUAAUUUAUUAAUGUUGAGAUAUAAUCUUAAAAAUGUUGUAGUGAUGAAUUCAUAAUUAAUUGAUUCUUUAAAUGAAGUUUAUUUCAAAUAAUAAGAUGAUAAUAUUUAAGAAUUUUAAAUAUAAAUUAUUUUAGAAAUUGUUUUCUUACUUAUUAUAAUAUUAUCAUAAUUGAUUUAUUGGAAAUAAAUUGAAUAAUAUUGUUAAUAAAUAUUAAUAUUAGCAGGUAGACUAUAAUAUAUUCAAGCUUAAGAAAUGAUUUUAAGAUUUACUUUUGUAAUUGAAACUUUAAAAUCAUUCUCUGGAAAUUAAAGUUGGAAGAAAUAAAACUUUUAUAAAUUAUUAUUUUUUCCAUUAAAUGAAAUAGGAAUAGAUACUGUUUAAAGUUAAUCUAGAAUUUUAAAAGAUUAUCAAAGUUCAUAAAUUAGUUAAUAAUUGAGAAUCAAUUAAGUAUUUGAUGAAAGACAAAAAAAUCUAAAAAAGAAUUUAAAUGUUAUGUUAAAUUCUAAAAUUAAUAAUCCAAACACUACAAUUUUAAAAGCUACAAUUUAAACAAUAAUAACAUUUAUAAUUUUUUUAAUCUAUCUUUUAGGUGGAUUUUUAUUAUUUCAAUAAUAAUAAAAUGAUUUAUUACCAACUCAAUAGUUGACUUUAAGUUUUAUAAGAUUUACAUCAUAAUUAGAUAUAGUAGUUAGUACAGCAUUAAUUACUAAAUCCUAACCUAUUUUAUAUGAUAAAUUAGUAGAAAUGAAUAUAUAUACUAAUAAAGAAAUAGAUAGAUUUAGAGAUUAAAGAAAAAUUAUUAAAAUUUUUAUCUCCCUAUAUUCAAUCUAUUAUGAAAAUAUUACUUCAAUUUAUGAGAAUAUUAUUAAAUCUAAUAAAAUAACAAGUGAAGAUGCCAGUACAUUGCUUUCUUUAUAUUAAGGAGACUUUUGUAUGGAAAUUGGUUCUGAUAUACCCUUUUGUAAUUAUGAUACACUUCCUAAUUUUAAUUCUCUUUAUGGAAUUCCAGAUAUCUAAGAUGACAACAGAGAGUAUCUAAGUAAAGGUAUACAAGGAAUUGUAAGUAAAUUAGACACUUUUUUCAAAUAAAAUUAUUAAUUUGAAAUUAAUAAUACUGAAUAUUUUCCAGAUAAAAAUGUAACUAAAGAUAUUUUAAUUUCAAAAGAUUUUACAAAUGCCAUAAUGGAACAUUUCUUAGAUACAACAGAUGGAACAAAUUUAUUUUUAGAUAAAUUGAUGUAAGCUAUUAAUAAAAUAACUAAUGAUAAUUUGUAUUUAUCAUAUACAUAUUAUUUAAUCACUGGAUUUUUAUUAUUAGUUAUUUUCCUUACUUUUUAUGGAUUUUGGAUAUAUAACUCAAAUCAUAGAUUAAUAUUACUUAGGUUAAUUCUAACAAAUUUACCUAUUGAAGUAUUAACUGAAUAAAAUACAUUGAGCUUACUCAGAAAAUUAUAAUGA